AUGAAUCGUGUUGUAGCAGAGAGAUUUCAACACUCCACUGAAAUCAUUUCCAGACACUUCCAUGCUGUGUUGCAUGCAGUAUGUCAGUUGGGCACCCAUAUCAUUGUCCCUCCUGAUUUUUCUGUGAUUCCGAAUAAGAUUAAAGGGUCUUCUAGGUUUUACCCUUACUUCAAGCAUUGCGUGGGAGCUAUAGAUGGAACCCACAUUCCUGCGACUCUGCCAGUAGCUACACAACUUCCAUUUCAUGGUAGAAAGGGUUAUAUCACACAAAAUGUAAUGGCUGUAUGUGACUUUGACAUGAGAUUCACAUAUGUGCUAGCUGGGUUGGAAGGCUCCGCUAAUGAUUCGAGAAUUCUAAAAGAGUGUAUUGAGAAUGAGGCAAUGAACUUUCCAGCUCCACCACCAGGGUAUGCCAAUAAGCUUGGUUAUUUGGCCCCAUUUCGAGGUCAUACUUACCACUUUCAGGAAUACCGUAGGAGUAGACCACCCCGUGGUCGGAAGGAAGUGUUCAAUCAUAGGCAUUUAUCUUUGAGAAAUAUAAUUGAGCGAUGCUUUGGGUUGUUGAAGAUGAGAUUCGUUAUUUUGAAGGCAACGCCUCCUUAUAAGUUUUCAACACAAAUAUUGAUUGUAAUGGCUUGUUACACAUUACACAACUUUAUUAGAAAUCAAUAUCACCCUGAUGAUUUAUUUGAUGGCGACGAUCCUCCUCAAAGUGAUGGUGAAGACGAUGAGAUUGUUGAGCAUGUGCUUCCGGCUCAGCUUCGAGAAAUGGAUCAAUUGCGUAAUACUAUUGCUAAUCGAAUAUGGAAUUCUCUUAGGCACUCUUGA